AUUAGACUCACUCUUUCUCUCUCUCUCUCUUUUUCUCUCUCUAUUUCUCUCUCUCUCAUCUCAGUUUAAUUCUUACUUGUGGUCUCUUGUUAGUCUCUUAUUUAAAUCGUACACUACAAAUGAUGUUCUGAAGACGAAGAGUACAGAAAAAGUUCUUACUUCAUCUUCAUCAUCCUCAUUAUCAUCUUCAUCUUCAUCUUCAUAUUUUCUUCUUCUUCUUUUCUUUUUUUCUUCUUUCUUUUCACUUUCAUCUUGUUUUUCUUCUUCUUCGUUUUCUCUUAUUUAUGAUUGUCAAUCGUCAUCAUCAUCCUCAUCAUCCUCAUCUUCAUCAUCAUCAUCAUUAGUAUUUUAAUCAUUGCCACUAGGAUUUUUUAAUUACUAUCAUUAGGAUUAAAGUCAAUCAACAAUCAAAGUAUCCCUAUGGUUUAAUUUACAUUAAUCGUUAAUUUUUUUUUGUGAUAACUUUUUUUCAAUACAAAACUUUUUUUUAAUCGAAAUUUUUUUCACCUUCUUCUUUAUUAAUUAACACCUAAACUAAUUGUGAUCAACAUGAAACCCUACCAUUAUAGUAAUAGGUUAAUUAAUUGUUUCAUUCUAGUUUUUUAUGUGAUUAAUUGUGUUUCCACAAGCACGUUAACUGUUGAUAAAUUAACCAACGAUUCAAUAAUUGAUCAUGAAUCUGAAUCAUUAAUUGUUGAAUCGCCACCAACACCACCAUCACCAUCAUCAAUGAAAAUUGUAACGACAACAAUUAGCCCAACAACCACGAUAACAAUCAAAUCAAUUGAACAAAAUGAUAGUAAUCAAAUUAACUGGGAAUCAAUUGAUUCGCUUCCAGUUGAACCUUUAAAUCAAUUGAAGGACAAUGAACAAUUUACAAACAAAUGGAAUGAUGUUGAAAAUGGAUUCAAGAAAGGUCUCAAAGCGGCUCUUCGGUCAAUUUUUCCUCGAAUCGUCUCAAUGUCCACCGAUACUAAAGCUUCAAGAAAUUGUUCAACGGGAAUAUUGAAAUGGUUAAUUUCUUUACGAAGUGAUUGGUCAAUUAAAGUUGGUCAAAUUGUUCCUGAUUCAUCUGAUACCAAAGCUCAGAUCUCAGGGUUAUCAUCACCUUCAUGUAACUAUUUGAUGAUUGAUCUUAAUUACAUAACUGAUAAUGUUUUAAUCAAAUUCUUACAAAACUCAACGAUCUCCUUUUCAUCAUCAACAGUAAACCAUCAAAAUUUAUCAUCCUCAUCAUCUUCUUCAUCAUCAUCAGCACAAUUACCUUCAUCUUUACCUUUAUCUUCCUCAUCACCAUCAACAAAUGAUGAGAUUGAUCUCAAAGCCUAUAUCUUCCUAGUUUUCAUUUUAUUAAUCAUUUGCUUCGUUAUUGUCGCAACCGUAUUAGAUUAUCAUUAUUACCAAGAUUGUGGUGUAAAAAUUGACCAUGAUUCAAAUACGAGUACCGAUUGUGUGACCACUAAUUUAAUGAAAGAUGAUUGCUCAUCAAUUGUUAGCCUCGAUUCAGAUCCAUCGGUUGACAAUAUCUCACCAAAUCAUCGUGAUUACCAUCAUUCAACUGAUCCAAAGGUUCAUCAUUAUUAUCAUUUGAUUAGAUCAAUUGUUUUAGCCUUUUCAGCUAAAGAAAACAUUAAUUCAAUACUGGACACAACCACUAAACCAAUUGUCCGUCAUAAUUGUUCACAUCACAAUACAAACAAUGUUACAACUACAACAAUUAACAACGAUAAUAAUAACAAUCAUCCAGCACCAAUUAACACCAAUGGUGAAAACACUUCACCCUCCCCAACCCCUCACACCAACGGGAUCAGUGGGUCAACUUGUCUCAAUGUUAAUAGUCAAAUAUCAUCGAUUCAUGGCCUCAGAGUGAUCUCGAUGUUCUGGAUCAUCGGUGGUCAUUCCUAUUCCUUUGCAAUGCAAUGGCUAUUUUUUCAGAAUUCACAGGACAUUGAAUACGAUUCAAAGAUGAUCAUCAGUCAAAUCUAUGCAAAUACCAAUUUCUCUGUUGAUUGUUUCUUUUUCAUCAGCGGUCUAUUAGUUGGACUUUCCGUUUUCAAAGAGCUUCGUCGAAAAGGUCGAAUCAACUAUUUGCAGUUCUACCUUCAUCGCUACCUUCGUAUGACCCCAUUGAUGAUGAUUAUCAUUGGAUUUUGUGUCAAUCUAUUGAAGUACAUGGGCUCUGGACCUUCAUGGUCAGAAUCGACGACCAUGUUUGACCAAUGGUGUCAAAAUAAUUGGUGGAUUAACUCACUCUAUCUUCACAAUUUUAUCAAUCGGGAAAACAUGUGUUUAAGUCACUCUUGGUAUUCAGCGGUCGAUAUGCAACUUUACUUAGUAUCUCCGUUGAUCUUAGUACCACUUUUUUGGUUCCCGUUUUAUGGUAUCUUGUUAAUUGUCCUUCUACUCGCGGCAUCAAUGAUAAUCACUGCAUCUUUAACCAUAGUUAAUCAUUAUCCACCGGUUCCAUAUUUAACCAAUAUAACAUCCAGAGAGACUCUUGAUGGUUAUUAUGCUUGGAUUUACAUAAAACCUUGGUGUCGUAUUGGUCCAUAUCUAAUUGGAAUUGCUAUUGCUUAUUUAAUUUAUCUUCGUAAUAGUAAACCAUCAAUUAAGAAGAGAUUUGUAAUCAUGGGCUGGAUUUUUGCUAUCACCUUGAAUGCUGGUAUAUUGUUGGCAAUGUUUCCAGCAAUUAAUGGUUAUCCUUUGAGCGAUGCAGUUGCCGGACUUUACUCGGCCACUUCUCGAACCCUUUGGUCCGUCGGUUUGGCCUGGAUAGUCUAUGCCUGUGUAAACGGACACGGAGGGAUAAUCAAUUCAAUCCUUUCAUGGAAACCUUUCAUUCCUCUCAGCAGAUUAACCUACUCAGCUUAUCUCAUUCAUCCGGUGGUCAUCGCUUGUUUCUAUGGGACUAGAGAGACAACUUUCCACUUCUCCCAUUAUUUAAUGAUUUACUUCAUUCUUGGUAACAUUGUGAUAACUUACAUAAUCUCAUUUGGAUUAGCUGUUAUUUUUGAAGCUCCAAUAGCAGCGAUUGAAAAAAUUAUCAGAUCACGAUAGACACAAUCAGUUAAUCAUUUUAAUCACAACAAUCAAUUAUCAUCAACCAUAUGACCCUCAUAAUCAGGAAUCAACUCUCAUCUUCGUAAACUCAUCUUAAAAUUAAUUUCAUCGAUACGUACAAAUAAUUGAAGAUUACAAAAUGAUUGGUAAUCAAUUAAGUAAUCAAACCAAAAUUAACCUUCAAUCAAUUUAAUAGUUUCAAAACUUUUUUCAAUUUCAUUUGUAAUCGAAAACAAAAGUUACAAAAAUGUCCAACAAAGUCCACGAAAGCGCCAAAAAAAUAGUAAACUUUGGUUCCAAUGUGAACGAGAAAAAAAUGAACAAAAAAAAAAAGAAUUAAUUUAAUCUCGAACUUGUCGAAAAAUAAUUGUUCUAAUAACUUAUCGAAUUGACUUUACGAUUCUUAAGAAACUUAUUUUUUUCACCACCUUCCAAAUACCAGCCAACCAAAGUACCAAAAAAAUUGACCAUUGGCAUAGUGGCCACAAGAAAAAAGUAAAAUAAUUAAUCAUCAGUUUAAUUAAAUCUUUUAAUCAUCAUCGAAACAAUUAAAUAAACAAUCAAGUAAACGAAAAGUUUUUCAUUCGUUUAUUCAAAUUUCGCGCUUUUUUCUCCCAUAACCUUUACACUCAUAGCUCACAACUCCAUCUAUGACCUUACAAGAACACUAAAAGUUCAGCGACAACAAUUUGUUGAUCAUUAAAACUAAUUCAGUUAUUGAUUAAAAGUAAACUUUGUCAUUGAAACAAUGAUUACUUUUACCAUGUUGAUUUAACCCUGAUUUCAAUGU